AUGGAGGUUUACGGGGAAGGCAGAUGGCAUCAGGUUCCCAUUCGUGCAGGAUUGAAUAGAUGUAGGAAAAGUUGUAGGCUGAGGUGGCUGAACUAUCUGAAGCCAAGCAUCAAGAGAGGAGAGUUCUCUGAUGAUGAGGUUGAUCUCAUUAUCAGGCUGCACAAGCUGUUGGGUAACAGAUGGUCGCUGAUUGCGGGGCGUCUGCCGGGAAGAACCGCCAACGACGUGAAGAACUACUGGAACACCCACCAGAAGAAAAAGACGGCGACGGCACCGUUCCCAUGCAAACCAGCCUAUCUUAGCGACGGCCGGCAACCGGCUGCUGGUGCCAAAAACAAGAAUAAUAACAACAUCUCACGACUCCAGAUAACGAAAGCCAACAUUAUCAAGCCGCGACCUCGGACCUUCUCAUCCAAAAGCCUCUCCUGGCCCAUGAAGCCUAUCCAGCCCAAGCCCAACAAUAUUAUUAAUCUUCAUCAUAAGUUGCCGCCAAGUCAAGAUGAUCGCCGUCGUAAUUGUCAGGAGAAUCAUGACGGCGGCGGAGGCGCCGAAAUCACGUGGAUGGACCAGCUAGAGAGAUUCCUCGACGAUGGCAUUAAUAAUCUACCAGUGGCGGCGGACCACGAAGCUGAUCGGUUUCCUCUCGGCCAAUUAAUGUCGUCCAUAUUGCCAGAUCAUCAAGAGAAGAGCGUUGAUAAUAUGAUGAUGUUCGAGGAAGACAGCUACCAAAGUUUCUGGAGUGAUCUGGACAUUUGCCAUCUUCUCAGUGAUCGUCAUGACAUUUAA